AUGAAGGUCGCCAAUGUCCUCUCCUCUCUGUUGGGAGUUGGUCUCCUGUCCGCCGACGCCGUCUUGGCCAAGGACAGACGCCGUGUCGGUGUCGAGAUCAAGAGCCCUCUCAAAGGCGUCAACUUCCAGCGCAUCAAGGCCUUUCGUGAGGCUGCCCCUGAUGAGGUCUCAGGCCGCACCCAGAAACUAAAGCCAUUCCAUGGCAGAAUCACCGGCCACAACGCCGCCACUGCCUUGGGCGCUGCCCAGCCUCGAGAUCUCUCUUCCAGCUACCAGAACAUCACAGCCUUGUCUCCUUGGGGUACUCAAUAUGCUGUCGAGGUCACCUGGGACGGCAAGCUCAUCAACAUGAUCUUCGACACCGGCAGCAGCGACACCUGGGCCACCAGUUCCAAUCUGACGUGUACCAACCUGUCAGGCACUGCUGUCUAUUCCCCUGAAUCUUGCGGCUUUGGACCGGACAAGAUUAACGACUUCAAAUAUGGCCCCGUCGAGGAUGUCCACUUCGCCUUGAGCUACGGUUCUGGCGAGCGAGUGUCCGGCCCCAUGGGUUACAGUGACAUCGAGGUGGCCGGCAUCGUCGUCAAACAACAGCAGGUCGGCCUGGCCAACAAGACGUACUGGAUGGGCAACAACUACACCAACGGUGUUCUCGGUCUUGCCUAUCCCUCGAUCACUAGUGCUUUCACUGGCGACAUGAAUGAGGAUCGCCCUGCCUUCCAGGUUCCAUACUCGCCCUUCUUUACCAGCAUGGUUCAGCAAGGACUCUCUUCAGACGCCUUCAGCGUUUCUCUCGUCCGCAAUUCGUCUGGCGUAAUUGGAUGGGGUGGCCGCACUGGUCUGCCAAUCACUGGCCCCACGGCCUACACCGAUCUCAUCAUUACCAGCAUCAACUCACAGCGUCCCGACGGUAGCUGGCAAUACUCAUACUACACCAUCCUCGUCGAUGGCUUGCGUUGGGGAUCCACGAGCGACACCAAGAAGUACCUGUACAUUGUCGACACUGGCACGACGCUCAUGUACGUGCCUCCGCCCACAGCCGAGGCUAUUGCCAGAUCUUUCUCCCCCAGUGCCAUCUACUUAUUCCAGUAUGGCGGAUACUUCGCCCCUUGUGAUGCCAUUGCUCCCAAGAUAGCCGUCAUCAUCGAAGGCGCAAGCUUCUUCAUCAACCCUGUGGAUCUCAUCUACCGCGGACUGGUGGACCCUCUCACGGGUUACUGCCAGAUUGGUAUUACUACCGGUGGCAAGGGUCCGUACAUCCUGGGUUCAGUCUUCCUACACAAUGUCGAAGCCUACUUUGACGUUGGUGCUGGUCAGGUUCGCUUCUACGGUCGCGAAACCUACGGUGCCACUCCUCAGCUCCCCGAGAAGUAG